UGCGCCGCGUCACCCUGCGACGCGUCCGGAGAGGCGUAGGCAGCCAUGGCGGGAAGCGAGCCUGGCAGCCGAGGGAGCUCUCCUCAGCCUCCUCACAGCGACUGGGGCCGCCUGGAGGCGGCCUUCCUCAGCGGCUGGAGGAACUUCUGGCAGUCGGUUGGCAAGGAGAGGGCGGCUCCAAGGGCCUCCGCGGAGGAGACAGACGAGGAGGCCAGUUCUCUGACGCGGCUGCCGAUUGAUGUACAGCUAUAUAUUUUGUCAUUUCUUUCACCUCAUGAUCUAUGUCAGUUGGGAAGUACAAGUCAUUAUUGGAAUGAAACUGUCCGAGAUCCAAUUCUGUGGAGAUAUUUUCUGUUGCGGGAUCUUCCUUCUUGGUCUUCUGUUGACUGGAAAUCUCUUCCAGAUCUAGAAAUCUUAAAAAAGCCUAUAUCUGAGGUCACCGAUGGUGCAUUUUUUGACUACAUGGCAGUCUAUAAAAUGUGCUGUCCACAUACAAGAAGAGCCUCAAAAUCUAGCCGUCCUAUGUAUGGAGCUGUCACCUCAUUUUUGCACUCAUUGAUCAUUCAGAAUGAACCACGAUUUGCCAUGUUUGGACCAGGUUUGGAAGAAUUAAAUACAUCUUUGGUGUUGAGUUUGAUGUCUUCUGAGGAACUUUGCCCAACAGCUGGUUUGCCUCAGAGGCAGAUUGAUGGUAUUGGAUCAGGAGUUAGUUUUCAGUUGAGCAAUCAACAUAAAUUCAACAUCCUAAUACUAUAUUCAACUACAAGAAAGGAAAGAGAUAGAGCGAGGGAAGAACAUACGAGUGCAGUUAACAAGAUGUUCAGUAUACAAAAUGAAGGGGAUGAUCAACAAGGGAGCCGGUACAGUGUAAUUCCACAAAUUCAGAAGGUGUGUGAAGUUGUUGAUGGGUUCAUCUAUGUUGCAAAUGCUGAAGCUCAUAAAAGACAUGAAUGGCAAGAUGAAUUUUCUCGUAUUAUGGCAAUGACUGAUCCAGCUUUUGGAUCUUCCGGGAGACCAAUGCUGGUUUUAUCUUGUAUUUCUCAAGCUAAUGUAAAAAGAAUGCCCUGUUUUUAUUUGGCCCAUGAGCUCCGUCUGAAUCAUCUAAACCACCCUUGGAUGGUCCAGGACACAGAGGCUGAAACUUUAACUGGCUUUUUGAAUGGUAUUCAGUGGAUUCUUGAAGAAGUAGAAUCUAAGCAUGCAAGAUGAUCCUCCUUUUCAACCUUGGCAACUGAAAGCAUUUGAAACUUGUUACUAUGGUCAUGAUAUGGAUAUUUGCUCAAGUCAGCUCAUUCUGCCCUGCCUUUUUGCAGGUAGGCUUUAUGUUGGACAGCCAUCACUACUCUAAUUUUUAUAUAACUUUUACUUUUUAACAUAAAUCAACUACAAGAAAAAAGUUUCAGUGGUAGCAUUUGGCCCCAGAAUGAACCAUUUAGGAUUUUUUAAUAACUCAUAUAUAUAUAUUUUUAAUAUUAAAUUCUGGAAAAAAAACAACAACAAGCUUGUGCCUCUCUCAUUCUUCGUGGUUUCUCUUCUGUUCAGUUCAAAGAUUGCCAUCAUGGGGAAUAGCAAAUUUGCUAAGCUUUCAAUAGGUUCUUUUCAAGAACCUAUUAUCAGAAAAUAAGUUUUAUUUAUUUUAAAUAAAUAUACUGCUUAAAGAUUGGAAUAUUCACUGAAAUUUCAUUUACUGGUAUGGCCAUACAACUUCUGUUUCUUUUCUGAAAUAGUAGAAAUUAACUUUUUGCCUUAUUCAAUACUAAUUCAGUGAAAAUAGCUGGAAAUUCUUGCUGUUUUCAAAUAACCUGAAAGCUCAUGAAGUACUAAAGCCAGAUUUUUUUCCUUGCUCAUAAAGAAAAUAUUCCAGAGACAUUCAUGAUCAUAUGACCUCCUACCCAUUAAUUGCUUCCACUUUGCAGAGGAAACAGUCCUCCUAUCUGAGUGGAAUUGAGGGAUUUAAAAAUUACAGUUGAAAAGAGCAUUAUAUUCUCAGUGGUGCUGCACCCAAGAAAUAGCCUCCAUCCUACAAGCGGGUGCCAUUCUGAAGAAAGGAGCUCUCACAUCUUGGGUGCAUUUAUCUAGCCCUUAACUUGAGCACUUGUAGUUGGGGGAAGAGUGAGAAAUGCUGACAUCCUGCUUUUCCUAGAAUGGAAGCCCUGUGACUUAGAGAAUGCUGUUUCCUUGACUGCCUUGGUCUAGAAUGGAGUUUCUGUCUUUCUGAGCUGGAGGAGGGAUGUCUUGGUUUUUAAUAACUUGGUUGUUAAAAUCCCACAUACUCUUACUGUUCUUACUGAGUUUUGUUUUUUGUUUUUUUUGCUGUAUACUCUUAGAUUUUAAUGAUUUUUUUAAAGUUAAUUUUCUCCAGUUUCUCUGGAGAACCGUUACAUGGUACUCUUCAUGUUAUUAUGCCAAAAAUACAUCCUCUCCACUUUUAAUUAUGUGUAGUUAGUUAGGUGGCUCAGAUGGUAAAGAAUCUGCCUGCAAUGCAGGAGACCUGGAUUCAAUCCCUGUGUUGGGAAGAUCCCCUGGAGGAGGGCAUGGCAACCCACUCAGGUAUUCUUGCCUGGAGAAUCCCCAUAGACAAAGGAGCUUGGCAGGCUACAAUCCAUGAGGUUGCAAAGAGUUGGGCACGACUGAGUGACUAAGCACAUGUUACCUCAUUCUUUGCUGAUGUUGGUAAUUUCUUUUUUUCUUCAUGAUCAAUCUGGCUUGAGUUUUAUUGAUUUUAUAAUUGUCAAAGAGCCGAGCCAGCUUUUGGUCUUACUGAUUUAUUCUAUAUUCUGUUUCAUUGAUUUAUGCUAUAAUCUCUAUUUUUCUGCUUUUUAAAUUAUAAAACUUUAAUUUUCUUUUUUUUUAUGUUAUUAAAGGACAAAUUUAGGUCAUUGUAGGCUUCCCAGGAGGCACAGUGGUAAAGAAUCCUGCCAGUGCAGGAGGUACAAGAGACGUGUUCCAUCUCUGGGUCAGGAAGACCCCCAGGAAAAGGAAAUGACAACCCACUUAAGUGUUCUUGCGCAGAAAAUUCCAUAGAGGAGCCUGACAGGCUACAGUCCAUGGGGUUGUGAAGAGUCAGACACUACUGAGUGACUGAGCAUGCACAUACGCAUGGGGUUGCAAAGAGUCAAAGAUGACUGAGAAAAUCUUUGAGUAUGCAUGCAUUGAGUGUAUUGCACUUGUAUAUAUUGUAAAUUCCAGGAGACAGUGUUAUCAAUUUUUGAUGAAACAGUCAUAUGUAUCAAAAAGAAAUUAAAAGAAGAAAAAAAUUAAAAAUAAUAAAAGUAAUCUUUUAUUCUUUUCAAGAUAUAGGUAUACCUCAUUUUAUUGGUCUUUACUUUAUUAUGUUUUAUAGAUAACUGUGUAUUUUACAACUUGAAGUUUUGUGGCAACCCUGCACUGAACAUGUCUAUCAGCACCAUUUUUCCAGCAACAUUUGCUCAUUUAAUAUCUCUCUCACAUUUUGGUAAUUCUUAUAUUUCAAGCUUUUUCUUACUGUAUUUGUUAUGGUGAUCUGUGAUCAGUGAUCUUUGAUGUUACCACUCUGACUUGCUGAAAGCUCAGAUGAUGAUCAGCAUUUUUUAGCAGUUAAGUAUUAGUUAAGAUAUUUACAUUGUAUUUUUUAAAUUAAUUAAUU